GGUGUGAAAAAAAAUCGAUUUGCAGAUCUAUCGCGAUUUUCGGCCGCCAAAUAUAAGAUCGAUUUUUCAGAUACUAAUAUCGAUUGCUUGAGGGGGAAAAAAUGUGCCACUUCUGCACCUCCACGCCGGUAGGUGGCGCCGUAGAGUCACUCUGCUGUGUGGCGCGGUGCCAUUUCGGCAGUAGAGGCAGUCACAGGGGCAGAAGCGGACUGACUGAAAACCCAAACAUGGCCAGCAAAUUAACAACGCCUCCACAAUACAAAGCGGACGUUUGGAAGUACUUUGGCUUCCAACUUAAAGGAGGUAAAAACGAUCUUGAUAAGGACAACGCCGUCUGCAAGAUUUGCCUCGCUCUCGUGAAAUAUUGUGGCAACACAACAAACUUACGAGCUCACCUAGCAAGACAUCAUGCCGAGGUGUUAGCAGAGAAACAGCCACAGAAGCGUAUUGAGCCAAACCAAACCACUGUGGACGCCUUACUCCCAUCUAACUCACCUCGUGCUCAGCGUAUUACGGAGGCCGUGGUGCAUUUUAUUUGUAAGGAUUUGCGCCCAUACAGUGUUGUUGACAACGUUGGAUUCAGGUGGAUGCUACAUACAUUGGAGCCUCGUUACAGGAUACCGCAGCGCGUCCACAUUACGGAAACAGCUGUACCCAAGAUGUAUGAAGAGGUGAAGACAGCCGUUAAAACAUCGCUUAGCACAGCACAAAGAGUUGCCCUGACGUGUGACGGAUGGACGUCCAGGGCCACCGAGUCGUAUAUUACCAUCACAUCUCACUACAUCUCCGACAACUGGGAAAUGGUCACACAUGUGUUGCAGACGAGGGCAAUGCAUGAAAGCCACACCGGCAGUAACAUCGCGGAUGUACUGAAAAAGGCAAUUGAAGAAUGGGGCCUACAGGAUAAAGACCCGGCCAUUGUCACAGACAACGCGUCAAAUAUGACCGUCGCAGCUGAGCUGGCCAGUAUGUUGCAUUUUAAAUGUUUCGCGCACACACUCAAUUUGGCUUCCCAGCGCGCACUGAAGUUGCCAGCCGUCCAGCGCUUGCUAGGAAAGGUGAGAAGGAUUACCAACUUUUUCAGACGCAGCACCAUAGCUAGCCAUGUUCUGAAAGAGAAACAAAAGCUGCUGAAUCUGGAACAGCACAAACUUAAAACGGAUGUCGUAACGCGGUGGAAUAGCGCACACGACAUGCUCCAGCGCUUCCUCAAGCAGCAGCCAGCUAUUACUGCCGCCCUGCUCUCAAAUGAGGUGAGGAAGAAUGAAAAGGACAUCAGCACUCUCACUGAGGCCGACAUUGGAGCUGCUGAAGAAAUUGUCAGAGCUAUGAAGCCCAUGAAGGCUGCCACCAUCGUCAUGGAAGAAGAGAAAACUCCAACACUGUCAGCAGUUGCACCAAUCCAUGCCCAGCUGAUUGAAAAACUUCAGGAGAGCCCAGGUGACUCUAACAUGUCAAAGGAGAUCAAAUCUGCCAUCUGCCAGGAUCUUGGAAGGAGGCACUUGGAUGAGCAACAGAGACAGACUCUUCAUGUUUGUGCAGCUUUGGAUCCCAGAUUUAAGACCUUGCCGUUUUUGUCUGAGGAUGAACAAAAGGCCGUCUAUGAUAGAGUCGUCACAGAGGCUGCAAGGACCCAGGGGCUGUUUCAGCAGAGAGGAGCUGGAGAGAAUGAGAGUGAGCCAUGGGAAUCAGAGACUCGGGCUGAUGGAAAUGAGGAUGCAGGGCUGGAGGUGCCAGAUGAGGAGGAUGAAGGCUCCAGCCAAGGUCCAGGGGAAGAGGAGAACACUGCAGCACAGUCAACGUCCAAGAAGAGAUCCAGGGAUUCUUGUGGCCUGGCUGAACUUCUUGGUCAAACGUAUGCUUCAGGGUCUGCAAAGAAGUUGAAGACUACAGACAAACAGGCACAGGAGGAGAUGGGAAGAUACAAAGAGACUGCUCCUAUGCCAAUAACAAAAGGAGCCAAUCCACUGAACUGGUGGAAGGAACACGAGUGCGAAUAUCCCCUCCUGUCAAACCUUGCAAAGAGGUAUUUGUGCAUCCCUGGGACAAGUGUGUCCUCUGAGAGAGUCUUCUCUACUGCAGGGGACAUUAUCACUGCACAGAGGAGCACACUCAGCCCAGAACAUCUUGAUCAAAUUCUCUUUCUCCAAAAAAAUCUGAAAACAAAAGAGGUGAAGUACAAGCACUAGGCCCUUCCCCGUAUCAGAAUGUUAGUUUACUAUUGCAUUUAUUUUGUUUACAAGAAUACUCUAUGCACUUAAUUUUCUUCAUAAUUUCUAUGUUGGUGUGUUCAGUGACAUAGAGGACUCAGGACAUAUGCAAUAUGUAUUUACAGGUAUUUUAUUGUAAUCUGAUCUGUUGAGAUCAGUGUUCAAACUGACACUUGGUUACAUUUUUACUUGUUGUGUUUUGUCAGUAACUUAGUUACUGAAUGUGUUGCAAUGGUUACUUGAUACACUUGGUUUUAUGAUGGCAGUGUGUAAUGCCUGCAACACCUCUGCAUGCACAGGCAUUUUAUUUCCAUAUAAUGUUCAGAUCAGUGUUUAAACUGACAACAUGAAAAGUAUUUUUUUUCCUUUCUUUGUGCAUUGUCAGUAACUGUAUCCUUAAUUUUCUCACUGCUGCUAUUAUGUUGUCAUGGUUGUUUUGAGACUUUUGAGAAAAGAGACUUGUUGCACUUUAUUUUAUG